GUUCCGUGUUCUUCACGUGGUAUAGACCGCUAGUGCGUACGAUCGCGUAGGAGUUGAUCACAGUCACAUCACAUCACAUGUAACCAUCUCCAUCUGUGAUUAGAAAAGGCGUACAAACUGAAACGCUCGCUCGCGAGUUCCCUCGCGUUCGUAGUUCAAUGAACCCCAGAAGUCAGAUCUACUACCAGCGUAGUAUUCAUUAGAGUAGUACUGCUAACCUGACCGAUCAAUCUACGUUUAGGUGGUUUCUCCAUGUUAUCCAUCAUCUUUUCGAAACCCUAACAUGCACGGUCCUUUGCCACUCCUGCUGUUUACAGAGAAAAGAACCGGAAAUUGAACCCAGUUCAAUCGGGAGUUUCACUGACAUCUGAGCUUCAUUCUGGGUCAGAUACAAUUUUCGAGAAUAUAAUUUCAUCACCAUCGUCAUGAAAGAAGGGAAAUCAAAAUUCAAUCACCAACAGCAACAACAGCAGAAUGGCCAUAUUUCUCCCUUCAAGUUCGGGAAAUUGUUGGAUCCUGAGGCUUCUUGGGACAAGGAUCAAUUGGGAGAUGCCUUGCAUUGGAUUCGACAGGUAGUUGCUCUUGUGUGUGGAUUGCUUUGGGGUGCUGUUCCUUUUGUAGGGGCCAUUUGGAUUGUCAUAUUCCUUGUGCUAUCCUCUGGAAUUAUUUAUGGGUACUAUUCGAUAGUAUUAAAAAUUGAUGAAGAAGAUUUUGGUGGUCAUGGAACUCUGCUUCAAGAGGGGCUUUUUGCUUCUUUAACUUUAUUUCUGCUUGUGUGGAUUCUAGUAUACAGCUUGGUUCAUUUCUGAUCAGCUAAUUUCUGCCGACUGAACAACUAUUCCCUUUCUUAUUUUCUCCUCAUUUUUGUUCAUUAUUAUUGAUCAACAGUUAAAUAGUUUGCUCAACUGUAUUGGUAUCCAUUGACCAUAUCCAAAGAACAGUGGAGAUUAUUUCUUUCCUUGGCUUCAAUACAUGGGCUAUGCCCACAAAACAAUGGAGAUUUUGUUCAUCCAA